UCCAGUCACUAGAGGUGAAAUGUCUUCAAGAAACCUACUCCGUCCAGUUGCUCAUUUCUAGUCCUUUCUAUCCUGGUCACUUCCAGUGAAAAUGUCACCUCUACUCCCUUGGAGUACUGGCCUAACUCUCAAUUACACAUGUAAUUGUAUCUUAAUUUGCUGACCAUGUUUGUUUUAAUUUAAUUUUUUGUUGUUUUUUUUUUGUUUUAAUUUGCCUGCUCGUGUUUGCUUACAUCCACUCCCCACAAAGUUCUUAAUAAUAACUUUUAUUGUAGAGUAACUUUUUGCAUUUAAUUCUUGCAAGAAUUUUGUACACCUAAUUUCAUUUUUCAAAAUGUGUGAGGCUUUACAUUUCCACUGUGCAUUGCUUUUUUUUUUUUUUUUUCCAGUAUGUGCUGAUGUCCCAACACUGAAGAUUGAGCAUGUCGUUCAGGAUGCUGAGCAGAUAACUCCACAACCACCACUUACUCCUCCAAAUAUGGUUGACACAAUGAUUUCAAAUCCCAGCGAUCAGCCUUCAUCAGCAGCAAGCUACGGCAUUGUGGUCCAGGACCGCCUCAGUCAGCUUGUUGGGUUGUUCAAAGACAGAACAGAGCACAAAAAAGAUAAGCUGUUGGACCCCGAUGAAUCUGAAGAGGAAGGCUCUUCUCCAAGCCCAAACAGAGCCCCACAACCUCCUCCUCCACCUCCACCUCCACCGGAGGACAAGAACAGCGAGGCACCUAUCACAGCUGAAGCCGAAGUACAAACAGAGCUUCACUUUAAGCUCUGGGGUUUUCAAGUAGAACUGCCCAAACGUCCGGUGAUGCCAAACUGGCUUCAUGCCAUAUUAGAUUAUCGUUUUCCCUCCAGCAUUGACCCAUUCACUAACCUCAUCUAUGUGAUUUGGCUGUUCUUUGUGGUGACAGCAUGGAACUGGAACAUGUGGCUGAUCCCAGUCCGUUGGGCUUUUCCUUACCAAACCCCUGAAAAUAUCCACCUAUGGCUGUUAAUUGACCUGACCUGUGACUUAAUCUACGUCACUGACAUCCUUGUUUUCCAGCCCAGGCUGCAGUUUGUCCGAGGAGGAGACAUUGUGUGUGAUAAGAAGGAAAUGAGGAAAAACUACAUGCAAACUUUGAGAUUUAAGAUGGAUGUUAUCAGUUUGUUUCCAAUGGAGAUAUUUUACACCAUUACAGGGGUGAACUCUCUACUCAGGAUACCACGUCUACUAAAGUACAUGGUUUUCAAUGAAUUCAAUGACAGAAUGGAAGCUGUGAUGAAGAAAGCCUACAUCUACAGGGUUAUCCGAACCUCCACGUAUCUUCUGUACUCCCUUCACAUCAAUGCCUGUCUCUUCUACUGGGGCUCAGCAUACGAAGGACUGGGAUCCACUAAAUGGGUCUAUAAUGGAAAAGGCAAUGCUUACAUUCGUUGUUACUACUUUGCAGUGAAGACCUUGAUCACUAUUGGAGGACUGCCUGACCCGACUACUGUCUUUGAAAUCAUCUUCCAGAUGAUCAACUACUUUGUCGGUGUCUUUGCCUUUUCCAUCAUGAUUGGUCAGAUGAGAGAUGUUGUUGCUGCAGCAACCGCAGGGGAAAACUACUACAGGUCAUGCAUGGACAGCACGGUCAAGUACAUGAACUCUUAUAAUAUUCCUCGAGAGGUCCAGAAUCGCAUCAAGACCUGGUAUGACUUCACUUGGAAGAGCCAGGGCAUGCUGGACGAACAGGAGCUGCUCGUUCAACUUCCAGUUAAGAUGAAAUUGGAUGUCGCCGUGGAUGUCAACUAUGCAAUCAUAAGUAAAGUUGCCCUGUUUCAGGGCUGUGACCGACAAAUGAUUUUUGACAUGUUGACCAGACUCAAAUCUGUUGUCUACCUGCCUGGGGACUUUGUAUGCAAAAAGGGGGAGAUUGGCAGGGAGAUGUACAUCAUUAAACAGGGGGAGGUACAGGUGGUAGGCGGUCCUGACCUGCAGACUGUGUUCGUCACCAUUAAGGCUGGCUCAGUGUUUGGAGAGAUCAGUUUGCUGGCAGGUGGUGGCGGGAAUCGCCGUACUGCCAAUGUAAAGGCACAUGGAUUUGCAAAUCUCUUCAUCCUGGAUAAGAAAGACCUAGCCGAUAUCCUCGUGCACUACCCCGAGUCUCAGAAGCUGCUCCGGAGGAAGGCUAAGAAGAUGUUAACAAAGGACCAGAAAGCAGACGACAAGAAUCUUGAUAAAGUGGAAGUCAUACCGCCCAAAUCAGAAAGUCCAAAACUCUUCAGAGCAGCAUUGAAGGUAGCGGAGCAGGCAGGAAUAGAGGGAGCCUUUGCCAAACUGAGGAAAGCCUGCAAAUAAUUUAAGAGAGCAGCAAAGGUAUGACAACCACAUGGUAUCAUGAUAAUAUCUGUGGUUGAUGUUGUGUGCAAAAUGACCAUAUCGUCAUUUUUUUUUUUUUUUGCAACUUUCCCAAACUUUCCAAACUUUUUGCUCCUGACAUGUCUCACUUUGGCAUAAGUCACUGAACAAUUUGAGGCUGCCCUGUGCCACUUGCUGCAGGAAACACGCAGCUUUUGAGCACCCUCUGGUGGUUGUCUGACUAAUAGUUGACAUCAAGUGCUUGAUUUCAUAUGGAGCACAGCCUGAUUUUUAAAUGUAAAUAUUAAUUUAUUCAUGGCCACCACAAUCAUGAUCGUGAAUAAUAUUUCAAUUAAUUGAACAGCCCUAACUGGUACACUUACGUCAUUUUUGCCAGAAAUUUAAAAAGGGUCCCAACUUUAAAAAAGGGCCACAACCUUGCUUAUAAAAGCCUUUGUGUACCGGCUCUGCAAUUACCAGUAGUUCUUUGGCUAAUCUUUAACAAAUAAGUAAGGACAAUACUCCAGUAAAAUUAGCUUUCUAACUUUCUAACUAAAUUGUUUCAUUUUGGUAACAUUCCGCCACAUGGGGAGCCAUUACACAAUACCUAGCUUUGUACAGUUGCUGUGGACAAACUGAAAAGAAUGGACAACAAACAUGUCACUAAAGCAAGAGAGGACAAUGCUGUCCAGCGCUGUUCUUAAGUAGGAGAAAAACUUUUGUUGGCAAUGCAGCUGUUGUUUUUAAUUGCUUCGAGAAAAACCGUAGAAGGAGUGAUGAUGAAAACCCCUCAAUUUUUGUUUUGGUCUUCUAUUGUUAACAAUUUAUAGAGAACAUUUUGGAUUGGAAAAUAUAUUACAAAUGUGACUUUUAAAAGAAAAAAAUAAAGCAAAAAUAAAAACAGGUAUUAUUAAAUCAUAAUUGUUUACCUAAAGGCAAACAUUUGUUUUA